AUGCAUUUACAGGGCCAUAUCAAUGAACCCUUCCCAGACGUUCAAGGAAGAAGACAAUUUGUAGAUCGAGGCAAGAAUUCCAAGUCGGGGCAAGACUGCAGGCAGAGCGCGCCCUCGCUUGUGCCGUCCCCUCACCCAUCUUCCGUUUGUCGCUUCUUCGGCGGCCGGCGUACUAUGGCGGAUUUUGACGCAUACAGGUGGUUGCCGGCGCCGCGGUAUUCUCUAAACGCGAUCUUCAAUCCGCGGUCGGUCAGUCUCAAAGCACGCUUAAAAUAUCCUCUGUCUCCGGCCUACCGCAAGCUGGUGAACAGGAGUUCACCAGCUUGCGGUAGGCCGGAGCAAAAACAAGGGCGCACUGUGCAGUGCCAGCUGAAGGCCCCGCGCCGGCACGACAGCUGCUCGACGUAUUGCGAGGGAUUUUCUCUCAUAACUGUGCGCUGUGGUAGAGAGAGUCCACUUUGA